CCAAAGCUGCUGCUACAGCCGCCAUGGGGGGGUGAAUUCCUCAUCCCCCAAUACAGGUAAGUAUUCACUCCUCCCUACCCUCAAAUCAAGUAGGCCACAUUCACUAUCUACUCCUGCCUUCCCAUUCACAUGCCUGAUAUUUCCACAGGCAACCAAGACUCCAAGCAGGGAGAACAGGAAACAAAGAAUAGGUGAGGUCUAAACCCCUCCCCUAACAGCCUCCCACCACCACCUGACUCCCUUCCUAACACCGCUCUCAGCCACUUCCUACUCUUAAAUCUUAUUGUAUGAACUGGACACCAGCUCCUCCCACAAUUCCUUCUACCUUACAUCCUGCAAGCCCCUUUCCCCCACAAGUUCAACUCUGGUACUUCCCUUUGGAAUACCGGUUCUCUGAGAGGUUUUAAAUUUGGACAUAGCACUAAUGGUUCCAGCCUCAUACCCAUCAUUUGUCCUACAUUAAAACCUGGCCCGAGACCUUGAAGAGUCUGUAAUCUUAAUUUCCUCUUUAGUAUUCCUAUUACCCACUCUCCAUCUCCCCACCUACCAGGUCUGCCAGUGAGGAGCAGGCCUUGUCACAGGAUGGGUCUGGGGAGAAGCCCAUGCACACAGCUCCUCCACAGGCCCCGGCCCCGGCCCCACCAGCCCAGUCCUGGACAGUGGGUGGGGACAUACUCAACGCCAGGUUCAUUCGAAACCUGCAGGAACGUCGCAGCACCAGGCCUUGGUGACCGCAGCCCCGUCUCACAUCUUCAAAGUAUUACUUCUCCCUCACUACAGGAAAGAGCCAAAGCCCAACCCUCAUAAUAGAUGGAUACAUUCAUUCAUUCAUUCAUUCGUUCAGCAGGCUUAUCAGAUUCAAGUCAUUUGUAUCUUUUAACCAGACCAAUAAAAGUAUUUAUUUUUAUCACAAGAGCUGUUGAAAAAUUUGACUCAUUAUUUCAGCCGCCUCACCCCUCACUGUCGUUGCACCCGGUUCAGCCUUCAGCCCUGUUUUUGCUCAGCUUUUUGCUCAAAGGCCUCAGCUGUGAAUACUGCGCUGGGGGGGUUGGGGGGUGGGGAGUGCUGCUAACUUGCGCAAGCGCACUCAGGCAGCCUCCGAGCCCGCGGGCGCAGGCGCGCUUACCGCCGACAGAGCGCUUCAGCCGCUUCUCUCGAGCCUGCAGUGCGCAAGCGCGGGACAUCUCCGUUUCCCUCCCUCAGCCCCUUUCCCCCCUACCCCCCCCCCCCGCCCCGGCCUCCUUUCCCCUUCACGAAGCCGGCUCCGGGGCACGCUCACCCCUGUGAGGAGGCCGGAGGUCGGACUCAGAAGGCUCCUUCUCCACUCCCGGAAGAUCAUGUACCAGCCCAGCCGGGGUGUGGCCCGGCUUCUCGGCCCUUGCCUGCGCGCCUACCAGGCUCGACCCCAGGUGAGCGGAGGAGAAGCGGGAGGGAGGAGAGGGGGCGGGGAGAGACCCUCCUCAAAGCCGGUGCGUGGGGCGGAGCGCGCGCCGGGUUCCGCGCAGGCGCAGAGACACCCGCCGCCCCUUCCCACCUGUGCCCUGCAGCGCGUGGACAGGCUAGUAGGGGUCGCGGGAGCGGGAGGGCGGCGCUGCCGGGCCUGUCGCGCAAGGACGUCGGUCCUCCCAGGUUUGAGGGCGGUCAGGCGGGGUCAAGGCCAGGCAGCGGGGCGCGUCUGCGUUGCGCCCGACUCUCCGCCGUUACCUGUGCCUAGAGGUGAUUUGAAGGGCAGGGGCGGAGAGAUUCGCAGGCCUGCCGCGGCGCCGUCCCGGAGUUCCCCGGCCCAGACUAGACCCGCGGGGCGCCCUCAGCAGCCCGCGCGUCUUGCACUCGGAGAGCAGUCCUGGCAGGAAGGCCGGCCAGUGUGCACCCGCUUCGGGCCCCUGCGCCGGGGCUGGCAAGAUGGCCACGCCCCCAGCAGAGACGGCGCCUCUAGGACACCAUCGGGGACCGAGGACCAGCUUUAUCCAGGGACUCUACCAUUCCCACCUCUUUGGCCCCCCUCCACGACAACCACUUCCCCAUCUUCUCUACUCUGGUCUCCCCUGCCCCCGCGCCUUCCCACCCAGCGUCUUCCCCAGGUUCCCCCACUACCUCUCCCUCAGAUCCAGGCCCUCAGCUCAGCAUGGGUGGUUCUCCCUCCAGGAAAGCGGGAGGAGGGACCAGGACCUGAGUUGCAUAGCGGCUGCCUGGAUGGGCUUAGAAGCCUUUUUGAGGGACCUCCCUGCCCCUAUCCUGGGGCUUGGAUACCUUUCCAAGUCCCUGGAACUGCCCACCCUUCCCCUGCCACCCCGUCAGGAGAUCCUAGUAUGGAGGAACAUCUGUCUGUCAUGUAUGAGAGACUGAGACAAGAGCUUCCCAAGCUCUUCCUUCAGUCCCACGACUACAGUCUGUAUUCCUUGGAUGUGGAAUUCAUCAAUGAGAUCCUCAACAUACGUACCAAGGGCCGGACAUGGUACAUUCUUUCACUGACCCUCUGCCGUUUCCUGGCCUGGAAUUAUUUUGCACACCUUCGUUUGGAGGUUCUACAGCUGACCCGCCACCCUGAGAAUUGGACCCUGCAAGCCCGGUGGCGGCUUGUAGGGCUGCCCAUCCACUUGCUCUUUUUGCGGUUCUACAAGCGUGACAAAGAUGAGCAUUACCGGACCUAUGAUGCCUACUCCACUUUCUACCUGAAUUCCAGUGGCCUCAUUUGUCGCCAUCAUCUAGAUAAACUGAUGCCUUCACACUCACCUCCAACGCCUGUGAAGAAGCUGCUAGUGGGAGCCCUGGUGGCCCUGGGGCUGUCAGAGCCAGAACCUGACUUAAACCUGUGUUCCAAGCCCUGAUCCUUGACCUUGGAGUGGGGGCAGCACUGAAGACUGCUACGCCCAAGAGAAGGAGGUGGAGGCAGCCAAGAAUCUCAGGAGCCAGCUUCCUCUCGUUUCUCUCCCUCCUUCCUUUCCAUCUCAUGCUGUGUAAAGCUGCUGUGUAAUUUAACUUGUAAAUAAUAAAGUUUAACUGAUUAUAUGAGAUA